AUGUUCAAGAGAUUUAAAAGUAGAACUCAUAGUAACUCAUUAAAUUCAACAAAAGAUGAUUCUAAUAACAAUUUAAGACCACUGAGACUGGAUCAUCAAAAUGAAGAUAGAUACAGAAUUCAAUCAAAUAAUAAUUCACAAUCUCCAUUUUCAAGAUUUCAAAGAAGGUUCAGUCAACCUAAUUCUACAGCAGUUGCAACACAACCAAGAGAUUAUUCUUUUCAAACAUUACAUCAUGGUGAACAAGAUAAUGAAUCAGCUAUAGAUGAUGAAGAUGACGUGAUUUCCCCUUUAAAUACCACUGAUGCAGAUCAUCAAUCUGUUACAUUAUCUGAAGCUCCAACUUUAACAGUUGAUAGACUGCAAAGAAUGGAAUUACAAAAUACUUUUAUUGAUAAUUUUACUGAAUAUUUACCUUUUGUUGUACGAAGAAUGAGAGCAGUUGAAGAAAGAAGAAGACAGAAUCAAGAACAUAACGAGAAUCAAGAUCACUUAAAUGAUUAUGAUUUUGAUGGGGAUGAUAUGUCAACAAUGUAUAAUGAACAACAUAUACCGUCUGAACAAUAUGCCUUAGACCACAUAAAAAUCAUGGAAAGAAAUAUAUCAGUAUAUAAUUUCAAACGACAACUUGUAAUAAUGAAUGGGAUGUUAAAACAUAAUACAUAUGUUUUCCCAAGUAUAGAUUCAUAUAAAUUAUUUAAAGAAUUAAGAUCUGGUAUCAAAAAGGAAAGAAAAAAUUCAGUAAUAUUAUAUGACUCCAAGGGAGGCAUUCGAAAGGCAUCAUCUGAUGCAAGUAUAAAUAAAACAGAAUUUCAACCACACGGUAAAGAUAUAAUAGAUAAUAGAAAUCACAUAAUACCUAUAGAUUAUAAAAUUAAGGGACAAGGUCUACCUUUAUUUAAAAUUAAUAUACCAUACAUGUCAAGUUUUAGAAAAAACUCACCAUAUAUAAUUUUUAAAAAAUUUAAAGAAAUUCCAUCACCACCAACAAGUACCACAGAAGAAGAUACAGAAUUUGAAACUUUUAAUUAUUGUUUUGUAUAUUCAAAAUUUUCAUCAAAUUAUAGAAGAUUUAUAUUUGAAUUUAAUCCUGGUACAUCACAAGUUUUUAAAAUCAUAUUAUUUCAACUGAAUUUUAAACCAUUUUGUGAUUUCAUAUAUAAAGAUACAAGAUUUAGAAUUUUAGGUACAACUGUUGCAUCUGGUUUAAUAUGUCAAUAUAAUCCUCAUAUGAGAUUAUUAAUAAUUGAUGAAGGUCAACCUUCAUUUUGUGAUAAUAUCAUUAAUAAACCUCCUUCACUGUUUUUAAAAUUUGGUAAAAAAGAUGAUGAUGAAUCAAGUAAUAUAAAAUUUAAUAUAAAUGAUCCAUCAACUUUUAUAAAUCCAAUUCCAGAAAAUUCAUUUAUACAGGAAGAAAAUACAUAUCAAGGUAAUUCAUCAUAUAAUUAUAUUCCCAGUGAUUUACCUCCAUUUGGAUGUUUUAAAGAUGCUCUGAUUAUAAAAAAUUCAAAUUCUUCAAGUUUUUUACCAAAAAAAUAUAAUGAUGCAGGUAGGAUUGAUUUAUAUCAAGAUUUAACAAAUAAUAAUUUGGAUAUAAAUAGUACAUUACUGGUGGAUCAAGAUACUUUAGUUCUAACAGUUAUUCUAAGUACAAUGAGAGAAAUAAAUUUAAGAAAUGCCGCUAAAUCAAGUGGUAAUUCAAUGUUAAAUGGACCUGGUUCUUCAGGUCCUAUGAGAUUAGGUGCGUUUGGUUUAGCUACAACUGGUUUGUCAGCUAUAUAG